AUGGGUUCCAACAGCCCCCCCGUCGACACCAUCGCCGCCACGUCCACCGCCGCCACCAACAUCACUCCCGCCGCCGCCGCCAACGGAGACCAGGCCGCCGCCGUCCCCACGGGCCUCGACCUCCUGCCUGCUACUUUGGCGGACCUCGCCGACAGCCUCCGCGCCAUCCGCUUCGAGCUCGCGGAGAUCAGGGCCGGCCAGCACCCGCCGCCCCCACCGUCCGCCGUUCCGCCGCCGCCCCCACCGACCGCGGUUCCGCCGCCGCCGCCACCGGCCGCCGCUACGCCGCCGCCCCCACCGACCGCCGCUACGCCGCCGCCCCCACCGCCCGCCUCCGCUGCCAGCCAGGGCCGGCCCGCGUGGUGGCCGCCGUCGCCCUCGCCGAUUCCCACGUGGACCGACGCGGCGCCCGUCUACACCCAUACUGCGCCGCGGACGACGGUCCAGCCGCCCGCCCAUCGCCCUGGCGGUCCUGGCGGGUUUGCGGGGCCCUUCGCCGCAAGCACGUCCGUCAACCCAAGCCGCCAGGCGGACACCCCCGAGGUCCCGCCCGUGGCACCGCAGCCGCCCUGCUUCACGAAGCUGGAGUUCGCCACCUACGAUGGCGCCACCGACCCCCUGAACUGGCUGAACCAGUGUGAGUAG